GACACUAUACCUUCGUGCUUCGUUUUGGGAGUCGGUCGGUUGUGUGUGAUUUGAUUUCGCCAUGUCUGGUCGAGGUAAGGGUGGUAAAGGCUUGGGGAAGGGGGGCGCCAAGCGCCAUCGUAAAGUGCUUCGGGAUAACAUCCAAGGUAUUACCAAGCCAGCGAUCCGUCGCUUGGCUCGACGCGGGGGGGUGAAGCGUAUUUCGGGCUUGAUCUACGAAGAGACCCGGGGAGUGCUGAAGGUGUUCUUGGAGAACGUGAUCCGCGAUGCUGUCACUUAUACUGAACAUGCCAAGCGAAAGACUGUAACGGCUAUGGAUGUGGUUUAUGCCCUGAAGCGCCAGGGCCGUACUCUCUAUGGUUUUGGCGGCUGAACGGGUCACUAAAGUCAACAGGAUAACACAAAGGCUCUUUUAAG